AUGACUGAGGAUACGAAGGAUCACCUUAAAGAAUUUUACGUUUUGGGUAUAGAAGGCAGCGCCAACAAGCUAGGUAUCGCAGUUGUACGUGGAGAUGGUGUGCUUUUGUCUAACGUAAGAAAAACCUACUCGGCUCCCGAUGGCGAGGGAUUCCUUCCUCGCCAUGUUGCUCGUCACCACCGGGAGAACAUGGCAUCGACUAUUAAAGAGUCGCUAUGCACGGCUGGCAUAGAAUUAUCGCAGAUAUCGCUUGUUUGCUAUACGCGUGGUCCUGGAAUGGGUUCAGGGCUGCACGUUGGUUCGAUUGCAGCCAAAACAGUCCACUUUCUAACAGGUGCUCCAAUAAUUCCUGUGAACCAUUGUGUAGGUCACGUUGAGAUGGGUAGGUUUUUGAGUGGUUUCAAGUACCCAGUUGUGUUGUACGUGUCCGGUGGCAAUACCCAGGUAUUAUCAUAUGACCGUCAACGGCAUGUGUACGCUGUGUUGGGUGAGACUUUAGACAUCGCUGCUGGGAAUGUGCUGGAUCGUCUUGCUCGUUUGCUUUGUCUGCCUAACAAGCCGUCCCCUGGGUUGUCCAUCGAGCUCGCAGCGCGUUCUCCUGAAUCUCAACUGAUAACCCUUCCUUUUGUGGUUAAGGGUAUGGACUGUUCCUUGAGCGGUUUUUUGACGUACUGUGAGCAGCUUAUUGAACGUCAGAAGGAGUUGUUAAAAACGGGUGGUUGCACCGAUUGUGAUUUUCAGUGUUUUACCCGUGACCUAUGUUUCAGCGUCCAGGAGCAUAUGUUUGCUAUGUUGAUCGAGAUUACGGAGCGUGCGAUGUCCUUCGUCGAUGCUACCGAGUUACUUGUUGUCGGUGGUGUUGGUUGUAACCUUCGUCUUCAGGAGAUGGCAUCUGAGAUGGCCCGGUCUCGUGGUGCGACUUUGUACCCGAUGGACGAGCGUUAUUGCAUCGACAAUGGUGCUAUGAUAGCGUUUACUGGCAUGUUGGACUACCUUUAUGGUCGUGGCGAAAAAGCUGCAUUGGCGCCAGAUGAGGUGACCAUCUGUCAACGAUACCGCACUGACCAGUGUCAUGUAUCAUGGAUCUAA